AUGCCAUUGAAGAAUCAGUUGAGAAUGUUGAAAAUGAAUAGAAGAGCCAUCCAUGCAGAAGUAAAACGCCGAUUAAUGUUUGGAGAAACAGAAGAUCUUGAUGAUGAAAGCAUUCUUGAUCUGAUACCUAUAAAGACUGAAUACACUACACUUAAGAGUCUUACUUUUGAUCGCCAGAGACAGACAUGCAGGCAGGAAGAGAAAUUCAAUGCGAAGUUUUCUAAAUUUGUUAGAGAUCUGGUGAGAUACGGGAGUAUCAAAGGAGUGGAGUAUCUGUUUGAGUAUCUUGUUCGGAGGUACAUGUGUGAUGCAUUUAAUGCAAAGGAGAUGAUGUUUGCACUCUUGCCGUUUAAGAAAUACUACUCGCAUGUUUUAUGCUUGAGCAGUAGGACUGAGUUUAGCUACUUUGAGCAGCAGAUCGUGUAUUCAUGCCAGUUUGUUGGAAACAUGUGUCUGAAAGACAAGCAUUUUUUUGAUUUUUUUGUGGGAUAUUUUGAUUAUGUCAAGGAGGAUGAUAUACGAGUGUUUUGUGAAGAUGUUCUGGAACAUGUUUAUGCAGGGAUAGGAAGGACUGGAAAAGACUUUUCGAUGCAGUUUUUUGAGAUUGUUACGUGUCUUGUUGAUGUGGGAGAAUGGAAGAUGGCGGUUGAUGUGUAUAAUAGGAUCAAGAAGCAUGUGGAAGCAGCAUGUACUGAGUUUAUUGAGGUAUUGAAGCCAUAUUGCGAUCUGAAUAGCCUUGAUAUUCAUGUGAAUCAAGAUGAUUUAAAUGGAGUAGAUGAAAUGAAGCCGCAUGAUGAAAAUGAAUACUUCAAGAAAAUGCAUGAGGAUGGAAAUGGUAGAGAAUUUCUGAGUAAUAUGGAGAGAUGCAAGCGAUAUGUACAGUGGAUGCUGAGAGAAAAUAUACGUGAUGGAUCAUAUACCGACUUUGAGCUAAAUAUGCUUUUGAGUCUUUAUGGGGGGGUAAAUAAUGAAAUUGAAGGACAGAUAGUGGAUUAUGCGAAUUUAUUGAAUGAAAUAGGUGAUAAAAAGCGAUUGAUAGAGAGAUUAUCUAAUAGUUUUGGUAAAUGCAUAAUAGAGUUGGCUAAGUAUAUGAACAGUGAUGAUAAAGCCUACUUGACAAUGUUACUACCCGAGCUAUGGAGAGGAUUAAUGACUGACAGCAAUCACUCAAUGGUGAUGAUGAGCAUUCCAAAAAGCAUUUUUAAACGAGAAAUACAUGAUAUUAUGAAAAUGUGCCUUGGAUACACAAACUAUAAUGCAAAGUUGUUUGUGAAUGAGCUGAAUAGUAGUAUAAUUCUGAUAUUGCUGAAUGAAUGCAGCAGGGAUAUUGAGAUACAAAAUAUUAUUGCGACAUCAAGAAUGAUUAGAAUGGAUCUAAAACCAUUUAUUAUUAGCGAGAGGUUAUAUGUGAUACCUAGAUAUUUGGAUUAUCUUACAGAAACGUGUAAAGAAACAAAUUCCGAAGCAAGUUUUACGAUAGUUGAGGAAUUGAAGAAUGAGAUUAUAAAGAUGAAUACUGGAGAUAGAAAUGCAUCGUUAUUAGAUUCUAUAUGCAGAUACUUACAUCAUUCAAAAGAUGCACAGUCUGUGAACCAGAUGAUUGGGAUGAUUAUUAAGGUUGAGUACACAUCAACUGUUUUUUACUCGAUGUUAAGGGUGCAUUCUGAAGUGCUUACAAUGGAUACCUGUGAAUUAGUGCUAAGUAUGAAAGGAAUUAUAAAUGAAGUGUAUUGUAUAUUAGAAAGAUUGUAUUCAUACAAAGAAGAGGUGAUUGAUGAGUGUCUUGAAGAAAAGAUGUAUGAUGCGCUUGUGUCUCUGUGUAUGAGCAAGGGAAUAUCCACGGUCUUAAAUGGUAGAAAAUGCAAGGAGGUUGAAGAGUUUAUGAAAGUGAUGUGUGAAUAUGAUCUAGAUGAUGAAGAGAUGAAUGAAUAUGCUCAGUAUUGCUCAAUCCUUGUGGAAUAUGGGUCGAAAGAAAUGGUUGCAGUACUGCUGAAUGAGAAAUAUAUGCCUCACCUGAUGAAAUGUGUAGGAAUACCUGGAUGGAAUGCAGCAAAGGCCAUUUUAAUUGAGCUUAUUAGACGACAUGAAAAAAGCAGACAAUGGUGUUUUGAGUACUUUGUUGACAACAGUAAUAAGUUUGAAGAUGAACUUGAUCUUUUUGAGCAGAUAGUUGUGGAUAGAUGUGUUUACAUUGAUGAGAAUGGAUUUAUGGAGAUGAUUCUGCGAUCAUCAGUGUACUUUAGAUGUGGGAUUAUGGACACAGUAAUCAGAAACGGCCUUUUUAAGGAUCUUCUAAGAUACAUUCCUUAUGUUGUUCCAGGCAUGAUUGAGUUGAAAGUAUAUUCAGUACAAGUUUUUUUCGAGAAGUAUGGAAGAGUGAUGGGAAUGUAUGUAAAAGAUGUUCUUAUGAAGUUUCCGGAAAUCGCAGACUGUAUGCUGAACAUGGAUAGCAGACAUCUUAUUCUUGGAGGAAUCAGAGCAUAUGAGUCUGGUGUUGAAAGCGGAUGCGCUGAGUUUUUGCACAAAGUGAUUAACAAUCCUGGCGUAGAAGUUUGCUUACAGGUCUUGAAAAUUGCUGAGAAGUUUGUCGAGCAAAAUAUUAUGGAUCUGAGUAGUAAGUUGAUUGUGAGAAUCAUUCUGCUGUGUCUUGAAAAGCAAGGUGAGCUUGGGAAUGAUAUGACUGAACUUUUGAUGAAAAUGUAUGAAACAAGGAGGAAGGAGUUUUUUGAAAUAUCAAAUGCAGGAUUUUCGAUAUGUAGCAGAGUUUUCAAGCCUUAUAUGCAUGCGAUGGUUGAAAAUGCCAGCAAUAAUGAUUCUGAAGCGAUUGUAUUUGUAACGAACUAUCUUUAUUGGGACAAGGAAUAUAUGAUUGAACAUGGAAAAUUCGUGAGAUUGAUGUUUGAUUUCUACUGCAGUGAGCCAAAUGCGAUAUAUGCAAAGUGUAUUGGGAGUCUGUUGAGACACAAUGUCGAUGAAAUUCAGGCAACGAAUGAUUUAAUUCUCGGAUGCAUGAAAGGAGAUCGUGUGGUCAUGAUGCUUGAGUUGCUCCAAGUAUUAUAUCAAAAAGUAUAUGAAUACAAGAGAUGUCUGGUCAAGAGCUCUCCGUACUUUGCACUUGUGGUAGACAGCACUAACAAAGAGAUUUCAAAAGCAGCCAGGAAACUUUUGAAAGUGAUUGAAAAGAAGCACAAUAAGACUGGAUAUCAGAUACUUCAAUCAUAG